AAAUUUUCCGGCAGACACCAUGGGGUCACUUUAUUGAUAUUCCUGAUAUCCAGUUUUGUGGCCAAAUAGUCCACAUGUUGUUGUUACGGCUGGUGAAGCAGCAACCCGAUGAUGAGCUUUGGUUCAAUGUUGAGGGUAAACUUAUAGAGUUCACGUACAACGACUUCUGCCGCAUAACCGGAUUACCUGUGGCAGCCCCGAGGCCUGUUGUGGCUGAAGAUAGUGACAACGAUGAUGAACAAGCCGAAGAAGAGGAAGAACCAGGAGAGAUUGCUAAUACAUACUUUCAUGGAUCACUGGAUAUCACUUUCCAGAUGAUGAAGGAGAAGGUUCAAUGGUUAGGUGGAAAUAAAAAAAGGAAUGGUAUGCUAGGGGUGAAGUUUGCAUCCCUCUUCGUAGUUGAGAACGUGUUGAUGGGAAGAGACAGAACAACGAGGAUCAACCGGAGGUCGAUUCAGCUUGCGAACGACUUUGAGGAGUUCAAGAAGGAACCGUGGUCAAGAGAUGCUUACCACUUGCUUGUCACACAUCUGAAGGGUCUUCUUGAUGGGCAGCCAACGAAGUUCUUGGACAGUAAGGCUAACAACCCUGAAUAUAAAAACGCCAAGUUUUCGGUUUACGGGUUGCCAUUGGUCCUACAGGGAAUUUCCACGCUCUUUCUUGGAAGUUGCCAAGAGGCAUCUCACACCUUCUUGGAAGGAGCUCUCCAACAAAUAAAAAUGGGAAGAAGAUAUGGAGAAGAUGGAAGCACUACCUCUUGUCUCCAAACCAGCCCUAUAAAUA